UUUGGAAUCUGAGAAUUAUAAUAGUUAGAAUUAAUCCACGCCUUAUGUAAGAUGUGAUUUGUGUGUAUUAUACUCUGUUGGAGUAAAACCUUCCUACGCACUGUUUAAGUCUGCAGCGAUAACACAAUCUGUAGUGCUCAUUUCCAUACCACUUUUACUCAACACUCUGGUUCGAUUUUCUCCACCUAUCAUUCAGGAUGGAGGCUUGGGUGCAUUAUGGUUUCAACAUUCUCUUGCACAUUCUAAUAGUGUCAUUAGUUUUACUGAAGUGUUAUGGUGAAGAAUUUCUACAAAGCGUUACAGAAGAAGUUUUAGCAGGGAAUUACACAAUCUAUCGUAUCAAAAGCCGUGGACGACUGCGACUGGAACUUGUGUCCCAUGAAGGUGAUGCUGAUAUUUAUGUGUCAGAUAGUGAGUCACGUCCUUCAUAUGAAAAUUAUGAUUUGAAGUCUAUUACUUGUGGUGUUGAUUUAAUAGAAGUGUCUUCCAAAAUGAAGAGGCCAGUGGCAGUCGGUGUGUUUGGACAUCCUUUUUAUAGGACCUCGAAGUAUACCUUGUCUGUGUACAAACUACCUGAUGUAGAGGUGGACUAUGCAACAUUAGAUGCCUUAUACAAUAGUUAUACUGAAGAUACAUCUGAAAAUGAGCAGGAUUCCCAGAAAUCUAAUGAUGAACACACAUCUACCGAGGACCAGCCCGAUGAAGAUUCUACCUUGUGGACCAUUGUCAUAACAAUUUUGAAAAUACUGUUUGACAUUCUAUUAUAAGUUACAUUUGAAGCACUUUGGAAGAUACUGAAAAUGUCAAAAACAUAUGAUUCCCCAAUCCCCAUCAACCCAAUGCAAUAUGUGCCCAGAAAGUAGGGAAAGAGGAGUGCUUCUUGAAUUCUCCUUUAAGUAAUAACAGUCUAUCAAAUUAUUAUGCAUUAUUCCUUCAGGUAGAUAUGGGCACAUGUUGAGGCAAACAUGGUUUUCAAUUUCUGUUUAAUAGAAUUGAGCUUCUUACAAUAUACAGUGUACAUGUAUUGAAUGUACACCUUUACAUCUUUAUAGACUUUAAUUCAUUUUAUUUAGCAAAUUUUCCUGAUAUGAGUGCAUGUAACUUUGGAAUAAUUCCUUCUCUCUGCAGAAUUAUUCUCAAUUAUUUUCUUUACGGUGUUAAAUCAGGUCUAAACCAAGCUAAAUGCUGUGUAUGUUGCCGGCAUGGAUUUUGCUAGCAGCUGCUCAAACAAAACAGAGAAAUUAUGUAGAAUUGUAUCUUGAUCACUCGAACUUAUAUUUUGCUACAAAGAACAUUCUCUUCAUAGUGUCUGUCUUGAGAUUUUCAUCUAACAACGGGGUUGCAAUUAUAUCUAAUAAUCUUAGAUCAUUUAUACAUUGUUUGCAAUUAGAGGGAUUCAUUCUUGAAGUAUGACAAUUUUAUUAUACCCUUAACACAUGAUUCAAAGUAACUAUAUUUUUAACAUUAAGAUCAAUAUCUAUUGAGAAUUGCACAGACAUUUCUUACCUAAAUAAAUUUUUUUUUGUUU